GUGCAGCCCCUGCCCCCCUCCCUCAACUCUUCUGUCAUCCUCCACUUUCCCACAGUGUCUUCCAACUUUUCUUCAUAUUGACUUUAAAAUAUCAUAAUUUCCCCCUCCCCCUUUCCCCCCACUUCCCAAAAUUUCAUCUUUUCUUCCACAGAAUCCUUGGCCUUGGGGUGUCAGACAAUGACAAACCACCUCCAUAUAAAGUGUUGUUGUUGCUUUCACCUUCUUUUUUGACUUCGUGUACCAAUCUUGUACACAAACUCACAAGGAGGGCCGGCCUCAAACAUAUUUUCCCGCUAAACCCUUCUCUGAGAUUUCAUAUAUAAAUACCACCAUCCUCUUCCUCUGUUUUGAAGCAGAGCAGCACUUUCGGAAGCUUGAGAUCUACAAGCCUGUCUCAGCAAUGGCAGCACCCACCCCUCUCCUUCGUCUACUCGUCAUAUUCCUUGGAUUUUGCAGCCUUCUCUCUUCCAAUGCUGUCCCAACUUCAAGAAGUGUAAGCCUCAUUCAUGGAGCUGAUCAAUUUCUCCAAGUUUCAAGCAAAACCCACAUGGUGAGUGGUGGAGAGGAAGAAGUGAAGCAUGGAAGGAUGGUUGUGGCACUGAAUGAUUACCCAGGCUCCGGAGCCAACAAUCGCCACACACCAAGACCACAAUUUAGAGGCUGUGCUGAUUGUUGAUUAGUUUUCAUUACAUUACAUAUUUUAGGUAUUGGUUAUGGGGGGUUUUAUAUUUCAUAACAUAUAAUAUUGGUUUCAAAUAUCUAUCUAUCUAUCUAUAAUAUAACUAUGCAUAUGCAUACGUAUAUGUAUAUGGGACUGUGGAAGGAGGGUUUGGGCUUCCUCAUCACUCUAUUAAGUUGUUGAGGAAUGAGGUGGGUUGAGAGAUUGGUAAGAUUAGGUGAAAAAUGGGUACCAAAAAUAUGUGUACUUUUGUCAAACAAAAAGAGACUGUGAUAUAAUUUCGAGGGCUGUAAAUAAAGCCAUUGGAUCUGUUUAUUAAACUUCUUGCUAUGAUCUUCAAAGUU